AUGCCGUCAGCUCGCGAAACCCUUUCUAAGGUUUUGAUAAAUUUACAUUCACAGGGUAUCGGUUUAACUCUACAGAAUAUUACUGUCACAUCAUAUGUGAAGAUACUUUUCAAACAUUUAUUUUUUCUACUUCGAUCAAAUAACACUAAUUUAUCGAUCUAUAGAAAAAGAGCUAAAAUCAUUCUAUUGUCUCUAUCGACUGUAAUUUCAUUAUUUGGAGUAACAUCCGUUUAUACUUCUGUGGCAAUUAUUAAAUACAUACGACAUUAUUUACAUGACUUGAAAUUAAGCAGAAAUAGUCCAAACUCCUUAAAGAGAACAAGAUCGCAAUUACAAUUGGAAACUGGUGCAAGAAUAAUUUAUAUUCCAAAUGAGUUUAAUAAGAAACCUGCAAAACCAAAGCGAACAAAAAAAGGAAAACCUAUUUAUAUACCACCUGUUGAUGAUGAUAUAAUUGACCAUAAUUCAAUCUCAUUUAAAAAAUUCGAAAUUCAAGAAAACUUGAUAAAGAAAAAUAUGAAUAACAAUAAUUUUAAUAAUAAACUUUUCUACUCAAAAUUUUUAAAUCAGUUGAAUAUAUUAAUGAAAUUUUUAAUUCCCAAUUUUUUCAGUAAAAAUUCUAUUUUUUUAAUUUUACAGAUAACAUUUUUAAUCCUUAGGACUUGGCUAUCCUUAUUCAUAGCGAAAUUAGAUGGUCAGAUAGUAAAGGAUAUUAUUUCAAAUAAUAGGAAAAUGUUUCUCUGGGAUAUUCUUAAUUGGUUUCUUAUUGCAAUUCCCGCAUCUUUUACCAAUAGUUCAAUAAAAUUUUUACAAAGAAAACUAUCAUUGAAUUUCAGAAUUAAUUUGACUAGAUAUAUUCAUGAUAUUUAUCUUUCAAGUUCCACUGCAACUUCAAAUUUAACUUUCUACAAAUUAAAUUUUGAUUUCCCAGCAAAUAACAAUUCAAUUGUUACCAAUAUUGAUAAUUCAAUUACAAACGAUAUUAUAAAAUUUUCUAAUACAACAACUUCAAUUUUUGCAAACAUUGCUAAACCAAUUAUUGAUUUAAUAUUUUUUGCAUUUUAUUUGAGAGAUAAUCUAGGCACAUUUGGUGUAACUGGAAUUUUCCUUAAUUAUUUUUUAACUGGUUAUAUUUUAAAAAGAUUCUCACCUGCUUUAAAUGUAUUGAUUAAUCGGAAAUCAAAUUCAGAAGGUGAUUAUUAUAAUUAUCAUUUGAAUAUGAUCAACAAUAGUGAAGAAAUAUCCUUCUAUCAAGGUACUACUGUAGAAAAAUUAAAAAUUAAAAAUUUGUUCAAUAUUUUUAUUACAAACUCUUUAAAUAUUGAAUUGAAAAAGCUUAAUUACAAUAUAAUUGAAGAUUACAUCUUAAAAUAUACCUGGUCAGGAUUAGGCUAUGUAUUUGCAUCAAUUCCUAUUAUUUUGUCUGGCAACACAAAUAAUGUUAAUGCAUCCUCAUCUGCACAUGUAGAUGUUAAUAUGAAAAAUUUUAUUGUUAAUAAAAGAUUGAUGCUUUCAUUAGCUGAUGCUGGUUCAAGAUUAAUGAAAUCCAUUAAAGAGAUUAACCAAUUGACUGGCUAUACAAAUAGAAUUUUCUUCUUACUCUCUGUUUUACAUAGAGUUCAUUCUGAUAAAUUUGACUAUGGGAUUGAUUUGAAACUAAUCAAACAAAAGCAAGAACAAUCUCAAUUACAACAGAUUAAGGGUAAGAAAAAAAGGUUAAUUCAACCAAAUCAAUUAAUCCAAGGUACAAUCCAAAAUUAUUUUAAUGGUAUUAGACUGGAAAAUAUUGAUUUGAUCAUACCUUCUAAGAAUGGUCCAUAUGGUACAAAGCUAUUAAAGAAUUUGUCUUUCCAAAUCCCUGACAUUUUCGAAUUUACAUCUGCUUCAACCAUUUCUACCAGCACAACAAAUAAUAACCUACAACCAUUUCAGUCUAAGGUUUCAAGCUUAUUAAUUUUGGGUUCAAACAGCUGCGGUAAGACUUCUAUCCAAAGAAUUAUUGCCAAAUUAUGGCCAAUAUACAAUAAGAGUGGUCUAUUAUCGAUUCCUACAGAUGAUAAUUUAUUAUUUAUACCACAAAAACCUUAUUUCUUAAAAGGUGGUACCUUGAGAGACCAAAUCAUUUAUCCAAUGUCUCCUGAUGAGUUCUUUGAUAUUGGAUUAAAUGAUAAGCUUUUAAUUGAUAUUCUAACAGAUGUUAAAUUAGAUUAUUUGAUCAAAAGAGAUCAGGGUUGGAUGUAUCUUGAUCAUAUUGCUGAAUGGAAAGAUCUUUUGUCUGGUGGUGAAAAACAAAGAAUGAAUUUUGCAAGAAUUUUAUUUCAUAGGCCAAAAUUCAUUAUUUUGGAUGAAGCAACCAAUGCCAUUAGUAUUGACAUGGAAGAUUAUUUAUUUAAUUUAUUAAAAAGAUACCGGUUUAAUUUCGUAACGAUAUCACAAAGACCUUCCUUAAUCAAAUACCAUGACUUAUUAUUAGAGAUUAACCAUUCAAGUAAUAGUGAUGAUACAUUAGUUACAUCAACUGAAGUGCCUCUAUCAACUUGGAAAUUACAGACCGUCGGAACUGAUGAAGCUAUCAAUUCAAUAGAUAAUGAAAUUUUGCAAUUAAAUGAAAAAUUAUCACACAUAGAAGAUUGGAAGUUAGAAAGAGAUAAUUUGAAAAAAAAAUAA